AUGAGUAGUGUUGUUAAAAAGUCAUCCCAUUUCACACCUAAGCUUAAGAAGAAGGCUAUAAGGAGGAAGGGAAGCUCUAUAUCUAAACCUACUGGUAUAAUAACACCUCCAACUACACAAGUUAGUCAAAUAGAUGAUAUUGAUAAGGCUAAUAAAGAACAUAAUGUGAACGAUAUAGGAAUUGCUAGUUCACAAAAAAUAGAUAAUAAGACUCCUAACUUCAACUUUUCGUUACAAACCAAUAAGCCAGAUAUCUCUAAUUUGGAAGAAGAUGAUGUUGAUCCCAUGGAUACAACUAAGAAAAUCUCACCAGAUCAAGAAGAAGAUUCAGAAUCUGAUAACGAAAGUCAAGAGGAAGCGAAUGAAUAUGGUGAUAAUGAUAUUUUUAAGAAGCCGGAAGAGCUUAGAACGUACAGAAGACAAUCAUCUAUUAGGGCACAAAGAAGAUUAUCUGGAAUUACCCCAAACAUAAUACGAAAUAGAACGGGAUCGACAUCGGUAUCGAUAACGCCUACCAGUUCUGUACAGCCAGAAGGGACAGAUGGACAGGGCCAAGCUCCUAUGAAGAUUGGUAUACCCAUUUCCAAACCAAGUAAAAGAAGAGCACUGGGUGCGCAUCACAGACCAGGUAUCAAGAAAGCAUUAGCAUUGAAUGCGUCAAUAAUACUGACCCCAAAGGAAUCUCAGGAAUUGGCGAGUGAUGAAGAGGAUAAUAAAGCUGCCAUUAAUUUGUCGCAAGCAAAAUUUGUCAUUGGUAUUGAUCCGAAAACGAACAAAUUAAGGAAAUUUCGUACUGACACUGGUGAAGAAGAAUCUAGUGAUAAUGAAGGUAAGGAUUCCGACCAGGAACAUGAUAGUGACUCGUCUGAAUCUAGGUCCAAAAGACUCAAACAUAAACUGAUACCUAUUGCACCAAAAGACUUAGAUACACGUAUCACCAGUAUUAAACAACUUCCACGUAAAGUUGAAGAUUCCGAUCUAGAAUUAUUUUCUCAAAUAGGUGUUCAGGUCGAUACUAUAACCAUGGCAGAUUUAUGUAAGCCAUCGUUGCCAAUUGGAGAAAUCAGUGAAAAUUUCCAGUUAGUUAAAGAGGCUCAAGAAAAGAUCAGGAAGCAAAAACUUCGUAAAAGAGUUGAUAGAAUGAGAGCUCGUACAGAAAGAAAGGCUUUAGAAGAAAUAACAGGUGCUAGUGAUAAACCAGAGGAACAAGAACGAAAAAAGGCCCAAAAUGAUUUAUUAAAUGUUGACGAUGUUCCAACAGAGAGUACAAGUAUUAAGCUUUCGAUGCAAAAUGGAAGUAUUGUUGUGGAUGAAGACUCAACAAUUGUUAAUAGACACCGUAAUCAUGAUACCAGUGGUAAAUCAAGAGAAGAGUCUAACCCCUUCGAAAACCCAAUCACAUCCUCUACUUAUUCCAAAAGAAAGCAUACUGAUCGCUGGACUCCCGAGGAGCUCAAACAGUUUUAUACGGCUUUGAGUACGUGGGGAACCGAUUUCACCUUUAUAGCCCAGUUAUUCCCAUACAGAACUAGAAAGCAAAUCAAACUGAAGUUCAACUUGGAAGAAAAGAAGUAUCCUGAAAUUGUGGAAAUUGCAUUAAGAAGAAAGCUUCCAGCUGACUUUGAUAAGUACUGUGAUGCUUCCAAAAACAAAUUUGAAACCUUGGAAUUUUAUAACGAAGAAUUAAAACAAAUUAGGCUUAAGCAUGAACAACAUAUGGCUGAAAUUGUUGAAGAAAGGCAGAAGGCUAUUAAGGAAGAUGCAGAAGCAAGCAGAAGAAGAGAAAUUGAAAUUAGAACAGGUUCUAAGCCAAUGACAAGAGCAGAAAAGGUUAAAGAGUUGCGUAAGAAUGAAAUGGUUUUGGGUUCAAUCGAUGAUGUUAAGAAGCAGAGAACUGAAACUGAUUAA